AUUAAAUCAAAGGUAGAUAGUUAGUGGAGUAUAAAAUAGAGAUCCCAUGAACAGAUGACUAUCAGUUCUCUUUCACUUAGGCGUAUCAAAACAUUUUGUGUUUACAUAUUUGAAAACUUUAGCAACAUGUUCAAAUUCUGCCUUCUGUCAGCUUUGUGCGCAAUUGCAUCCGCCGGGCUUGCUCCUUUGGCUCCAGCUCCAUGGUUGAAGGCAGCACCACUUGCUCUAAGCGCUCCAGCUCCAUGGAUUAAGGCAGCACCACUCGCUCUAAGCUCCCCAGCACCAUGGAUUAAGCCAGCAUCACUGGCACUUGCUCCAGCUCCAUUGAUUAAGGCAGCCCCAUUGGCACUUGCUCCAGCUCCAAUUUUUAAAGCUCCUCUAGCCUAUGCUCCAGCUCCAAUUCUGAAGGCUGCUCCUCUAGCGUAUGCUCCAGCUCCAAUCUUGAGGCCUGCUCCUUUAGCUCUUGCCCCAGCUCCAAUUCUGAGACCAGCUCCCAUCAUUAAGUCAUCCCCACUUCUUUUAUCUGCCCCAGCUCCAAUUUUCAAGUCUGCAUCAAUUGCCUUUGCUGCUCCAGCUCCAAUAUUGAAAGCAGCUCCACUUGCCCUUGCUGCUCCAGCUCCAAUCUGGGGAUCACAUGCUCCCCUAGGUUUGAAAUCAGGAUGGAGUGGCGCUUUACUUAAGGGAGGAUUAGGACCAUGGUAAAUAUUGUUGUGUUAUUUCAUUGUAAACCAAAAUGAGUUUUGUUAAUGUACAUAGAUUUUAAAAUAAACGAAAAUAAUGUAAAAGUGAAA